GGCUGGUUUGGGCCGUCCAUCUGAACGGCCCGUUCUUUCAUUAAAAAAAAAAAAAAAAAAAAACUGCCCGACGCCGGAGAGUCAGCCGUCAGGCGGUGGGAUGGGGUAUCGGCGAUUCGCCCUUCAUGAAUUUUUUGCUUCCUUUUUUGUGAUUAUGCCAUUUUUUAGCCUCCAUUCCUUGGUGAACUGCAUUCCCUGGUUUCUCGGAGGCAGUCCACGAUAUCCAUCCCACUGGGGAGGUCGCCGAAAUGAUUUUCCGGAAGAGAGUGGGUUUUCAUUCUUCACCGGUGGAAGCAUCGCCUGGAAUACUUCCUGUGAAGUAGCGGCCACAUCCGAAGAGACGAGAUAACAGGGAAAGCGGACGUAAGCGGACGUCGGAGUUAUGUUCUUCCUCGGACGUAGCAGAAGACUUCCCAGAAACGCCUUUCCUCUCUACCAUUCUUCCAUCUCUUGCUACCUGAGACAUCUUUCAGAGAAACCAAAUCCUUCCACCAAUUUCAAGUGGUUUCUCCCUUCUCAUCCUGCCCACCACCAUACUUCGCCACCUACAAGCUACUCCUCCCUCGACCUGUUCAAGAAGACCCAUGAUGCCAUAAGGAGCAUGUCUAGAAUCGAUGCCCAGAACACCCAUCUUCAUUCCGUCAUCGGUUUCUGUUGGUUCCUUCUGGACACCUUCAAUCCUCUCCGGUACCCUACGUUUGUUCUCUUCUCCACCUUGAUCGAUUCACUUCUGGAUUCUAGGAGGUUCUCAGAAGCAUCGCAAGUGCUAGACGUAAUGAUUAGCCAUGGUAUCAUUCCUGAUCCGUACACGUGCACCGGCUUGCUCCACAAGUUCAACACACUAGGCCUCGUCGAUCAGGUUCGGAUUCUGUAUUUGCAGAUGGUAAAUUUUGGGAUUAGGCCUCAUCUUCUUGCUCACAAUAUCACGAUCCAUGCGUUUUGUAAAGUGGGUGAUCUCGAAUCGGCGAUAAAAAUGCUUAGAGAUGCUAACUCUGACGUUGUUAGUUACAACACUGUAAUUUGGGGCCUCUGCAAGAGAGGAAUGGUUGAAAAAUCAUAUGGAUUGUUAUCUGAAAUGGUUAAGAAGGGUUUGGAGUUCGAUGUGGUUAGUUUUAAUACUUUGAUCAAGGGGUUUCUCUUGAAAGGGUCGCUGCAUGAUGCAGAAAUAUUGAUGGAAGAAAUGUUGACUGGUGGAAUCGAUAGAGAUAUUGUUGGGUACAACAUAUUGAUCGAUGGACGGUGCAAACUAGGAUCCAUGAGCAGCGCAGUCGAGCUGCAAAGUAGUAUGAAGAAGGGAAGUAUAUUGCCUGAUAUUGUGAGUUAUAAUUCUCUGAUAAACGGGUUCUGUAGAAUUCGAGACCUUGAAAAGGCUAAGGAACUGGUAAGUGAACUUAGGGAUGCUGUGAAUCCACUGGAUGAAGUUGCAGUUGGUCUUAAGAGUGAUCGAAAUAUUGACUUGUUGACAGAGGACCCAUCUUUCGAAUGUGCAGGAGAGAAUACUCACUCCGAGCUUCAACCUAAUCUUGUUACAUAUACAACACUAAUAAGCGCUUGCUGUAAACUAGGGGAAGUGAAGGAAGCAUUUUCAUUGUAUGAAGAGAUGGUUAAGAAUGGGAUUCUUCCUGAUAUAAUAACAUACUGCUCAUUAAUUAAUGGCCUCUGCAAAAGUGGUAAAGUCGCUGAAGCAAAAAUGCUGUUCCAUGAAAUGGAGAGCGUGGGCUCUGUCCCUAAUCAUGUAGCAUACUGCACCAUUAUAGAUUCACUAUUUAAGUCUGGGAAUACUAUAGAGCCAUUUGUUCUUCAGGGUCAAAUGGUGGUUAGAGGAAUUGCAAUCGACCACAUAUUACACACGGUUAUGAUGGAUGGGUUGGUUAAGUUGGGAAUGCAGACUGAAGCAGAAAAAAUGUCUCAAACCAUGAUGGGACAUUCUCUGACUCCCAACCAUGUUAGUUACUCAGUCUUGAUUAAUGGGUGUUGCAGGAUAAGGGACAUGAGUCGUGCCAAGUUUUUGUUGGAGGAAAUGGAGAUGAAAUCUUUACAUCCAAAUGUUGUCGUUUACUCUUCUGUUAUUAAUGGCUAUAUCAGAAAAGGCAUGCUUGGUCAAGCUGUGGAAGUUCUGAAUAAAAUGCAAGAACUAGAUGCUGCUCCCAAUGUAAUAACUUACACGACACUCAUUGAUGGCUGUUUCAAGCUGGGAAUGAAAACAACUGCCUUUGAUUUUUAUGAAGAAAUGUUCAAGUAUGGUGUGAAACCAAAUAAGUUUACACUUGAUAUUCUUGUCAAUGGACUAAGAAAGAGUGGAGAAAUAGAGGAUGCUGAAAGAUUGUUUAAAAGCAUGAUGCAGGGAGGAAUUAGUCCCGAUCAAGUAAACUACACCUCUCUGAUGGAUGGACUAUUCAAAGCAGGGAAACUAUCUGCUGCCCUAAAAAUUGGUGAAGAGAUGAUCCAAAGAAGCUUGAAGCCUGAUGUUGUUGCUUAUAAUGUAUUCAUCAAUGGCCUCUUCAAGCUAGGGAGGCCUAUGGAAGCCCAAACAUUUUUCAAUGAAAUGAAGAAGUUGGGUUUAGGUCCGGACCUGUUUACUUAUAACACUAUGAUAUCUGGAUGCUGCAAGUCAGGAAACUGGAAAGUGGCCGUUGAGCUGUUUGAUGAAAUGAAGAGCAACACAGCAAUGCCAAGUCAUGUAACCUAUGCUUUGCUGAUACAGGGACUCUGUGAGAGUGGGGAGGUCCAUAGAGCAGUAGAUUUGUUCAAUGAAAUGAUUAUGGUGGGUUAUCAUCCAAAUUCCUCCAUCCACAGAGUGUUACUUCAUGCCUCCUUGAAAAAGGAAGGGGUAGAGUCAGUUUUACAAAUGCACAGGCAUUUGAUUGCACUGGGAUUUGUAGUGGACUUAACAGCUUACAAUACACUCAUUAAUAUCUUAUGCAUGCAUGGGAUGACACGGAAGGCUACCUGGUUGUUAAAGAAGAUGAAAAAGGAGGGUAUUUCAGCUGAUAUAGUUACAUACAAUUCCCUUAUUCAUGGAUAUUGCAAGAAUGGUCAUUUAAAGAAUGCGGUUUCUUUAUAUUCACAGAUGCAAGUUGCAGGAAUUGUCGCCAAUAUUAUGACAUAUGACAUCUUACUGUCUGGAUUCUCAACUGCAGGUUUGAUGAAAGAAGCAGACAAAUUAAUGGAUAAGCUGUUCCAGAGUGGUUUAAAACCGAGUUCUGGUACUUAUGAUGUUCUUAUCAGAGGCCAUGGAAAGAUGAGUAAUACACGGAAAACUCUUAAGUUUUACUGUGAAAUGGUCGGCCAUGGCUUCAUUCCAAAAGUUAGUACAUACAAUAUAAUCGUUAGUCUCUUUGCUAAGGCAGGCAUGAUGAAUCAGGCUAAGGAAUUCUUCAAUGAAAUGCAAGGGAGAGGUGUCUCUCCUAAUUCAUCAACAUACAGCAUAUUGAUCUGUGGAUGGUGCAAACAACAAAACAGGGCAGAGGUGGAGAAAUUGUUGAAAGAGGCAAAUUCAGGUGGCUGUGUUAUUGAUGGAAUUGCCCUUUCAUUCAUUGCUGAUGCAUUUGCAAAACCAGGAAAGAAAGGAAAAGCUCGUAGGUUAUUAGGGCGACUAUAUAGAAAGAAGACAACUGAAGAUAAGCAGCAAGACAUAGAAAAGGAUUUGAACAUAACAGUGCUUUAACCACGUGGCUAAUUCUAUGAAUUUCAAGGAAUCAGUUGCUCAUCCAUGACGACAAACUCUGAUUGCUAGACAGGAAAGUUGAUGUUUUGACCAUGUGUUGCUUUGGCCGGACAAAAGCUUAGAGUUUCUUACAUUUACAUGGUAUGAUUUCUCAGGGUACUAUGGUGUUUGGGUAGCUGGAAAAAAUUUCUUGAAGCAAUUCCACGUGCUGAUCUGACAGUUAAUUGUUGGUGGACUUGAUCAUGUCUAUGAAAUUGACAAAAAAUUCAAAAAUGAAGGAAUAGAUUUGACUCAUAAUCCAGAAUUUACCACGUGUGAGUUUUACAUGGCAUAUGCAAACUAUCAAGAUCUAAUGGAGUUAACUGAGCAAAUGCUGUCUGGAAUGAUCAAGAAAAUAGCAGGGGGUUACAAAGUCAAAUACCAUUCAAAUGGUUAACGACAAUGAUCCUAUAGAGAUAGAUUUUUCUCCCCUCUCACAAGGAUUGAUAUGAUUGAAGGACUGGAGGCAGAGGCCAACCUUAACAUUCCGAAGGACCUCAUCAGUGAAGCAGCUAAUAGAUAUAUAGUUGAUGCUUGUGAAAAGUUUGGUGUGAAAUGUCCGCCUCCACAAACAACAGCUAGACUAUUGGACAAGGAAUAGCUUCUGAUUUAGAUAUUCAGAAUACCGUGUUUUAUCAGUAUCAGAUCGUUUCCCAUUUCCGCCUUAGCACCAGAUUGGCUAAAGAGUCCUCCAUUUUCCCUUUGGAGUCUGGUGGGAUGUGAAUUAACCUUUCCAUGGAAACAAGGUCAAUACGCAACAGGCCUUCAGGAGUACUAUCCCACUAUUGAUGUAUCCAUUUGACAGCUUUUGGAGGAUUUAGCAAGCUUGGUUUGGGUCCAAUUCCUACAUUAGCUGACUAGUUCUCAGUAAGAGAAUUUUGUGGAAUUGGAUUCCAUUGCAUGGUAUUUCCUGACUUGAAAUGUAAAUUAGAGGUGUUUCUGUAUCCCAGGGUUCGUCCGAGAUUCUGAAUUAUAGGCAGUUCCAGUGCAAUUUGGUGUUGCAGAGCACAAAAUGGAAUCUGGUUUCAAUUCCGACAAGUAUUCAGAAAUUUCGAACUCAGAUGCAACUUUAAUUUAUGAAAUUUAUUUACAAA